CCCCAGCAACAUCCUAGAAUCCAUGGAAUCCCAGUCGCUAUUCUUCAUAUUCGUGCCUUUCAUCAUGAACUCCUUACCCUCUUCAUACACUUUUCACUUCAUGCGGCUUAUGCUCUUGGGAUGCCGGUCUCACGAGCCGUCUCGCUACCCACUCAACGGUCCCUCUAUACUGUUCUUCGUGGGCCAUUCGUCCAUAAGAAGUCCCAAGAGAACUUCGAAAGAGUUGUUCACAAGCGAGCAAUAAAAGUCUGGGAUACGGAUCCGGACGUACUAUCCAAGUGGAUCCGUUAUCUUGAAAUUAACAUGAUGCCAGGCAUUGGUAUUAGGGUUGUUAGGUGGGAGCGUGCAGAAGUUGGAUUUGGUGCCAAGAAGCUACAGGGGAUACGGGACGCGCAGUCGGAAUUAUUUAAAUCGCGGGAAAAGUUUGAUUUGGAUACAAGCUCGGGUCGAGUCAAAGCGCUCGCAGACCAGAUUAUAAAGGCAGAAAUGGCUUCCGCU